AUGGUCUUGAACAUCACCAUAGAAGGCUGUUACCAUGGAAACCUAGAGUGGUUUUUACUUCAAAUGGUAGCCUCUGCCAUAUACUACGGUGCCGUGUGCUGGGCCCCGGGCAGCACAGAGCGGGACAGGAGCAGACUGAACAAGCUAGUCAGGAGGGCCAGCUCCACUCUGGGCUGCUCCCUGGACUCUGUGGAGGAGGUGAGGGACAGGAGGGUGCUAGCCAAAGCCACCUCCAUCAUGAACAACACCUCCCACUGCACAGGACUGUAG